AUUCAGAGAACCCACCCAUUUCUAGGACCCUCCAGCUCCAGUCAGCUGUGGUCUGUAUCGCCGAAACACCGCGACUGGAAGUGGGGAAACUGUAAAAAUAGUACAUAGAGCUAUAUACUAAAGUACAUUUCCUGGCAUUUUACAAAUGGUCAACGAGUUGUAUAGUUCAAUCAAAGUGAACGCGGUUUUUGUCAUAUUUGUCCGAAUCCCUUUGAAGAAGGUCAAAACAAUAAUUUAAAAAACAAAAGGUUCGAUGCUGUUGCUCCGGGGUUCUCUCGAUUCUCAGACAUUGCCCUAGUGUUGUUGGGGUCUGUUGAAAACUGGGGUUUCAAUUCCGUGGCGCUUGCUGUUACUUAUUCCGACACCAGUUCUACAUUGUUUCAGAAAAAAACGAUGUGCUGAAACGACAUGUUUUUCUUUAUAGCAUAAAGUUUCCAACGAUCAGAAUAAUUUCUUAAAGGUGAUACACUGUAUCAUUUUUUUUUUAUUGGUCAUACCCAAGCCAAUCCUCGUGUAGGAUGCAGCGAGCUGUGUACUGAACCGAACAUUAUCUUUGUUAAACACUGCGAAGUUUCUAACUCAAACAAAGAUUAAAAAAGGAUUCCAAAAUGUCAACUCCGAGCAGGUUCAAAAAGGAUAAAGAAAUUAUUGCUGAAUACGAAAGUCAAGUUAAAGAGAUCCGUGCUCAGCUGGUGGAGCAGCAGAAAUGCCUGGAGCAGCAGACAGAGAUGAGGGUCCAGCUCCUGCAGGAUCUCCAAGACUUCUUCCGAAAGAAGUCUGAGAUCGAGAUGGAGUAUUCCCGUAAUCUAGAGAAGCUGGCUGAACGGUUCAUGGCCAAGACAAGAAGCACCAAGGACCAUCAGCAAUACAAAAGAGACCAAAACUUAUUGUCUCCUGUGAACUGCUGGUACUUAUUGCUGAACCAGGUGAGGCGGGAAAGCAAAGACCAUGCCACACUCAGCGACAUCUACCUGAACAACGUCAUCAUGCGCUUCAUGCAGAUCAGCGAGGACUCCACAAGACUCUUCAAAAAGAGUAAAGAGAUUACGUUCCAACUACAAGAGGAUUUAAUGAAGGUUCUCAAUGAGCUAUAUACAGUCAUGAAGACUUAUCACAUGUAUCACACGGAGAGCAUCAGUGCUGAGUGCAAGCUGAAGGAGGCUGAGAAGCAGGAGGAGAAGCAGAUUGGGAGGUCAGGAGAUCCCGUCUUCAGCAUCCGUCUGGAGGACAAGCACCAGAGACGCAGCUCGGUAAAGAAGAUUGAGAAGAUGAAGGAAAAGCGGCAAGCCAAAUACUCAGAAAACAAGCUGAAGUCUAUCAAAGCACGGAACGAAUACCUUCUAACUUUGGAAGCGACAAACUCUUCUAUUUUCAAGUACUACGUUCAUGACCUCUCUGAUUUAAUUGAUUGCUGCGAUCUGGGAUACCACGCCAGUCUGAACAGAGCUCUCCGCACCGUUCUGUCUGCUGAAUAUAACCUGGAGACCUCCCGGCAUGAGGGCCUGGAUAUCAUUGAGAAUGCAGUGGAGAACCUGGACCCCCGCAGCGACAGGCAGAGGUUCAUGGAGAUGUACCCCUCUGCUUUCUGCCCACCCAUCAAGUUUGAGUUCCAGUCUCACAUGGGGGAUGAGGUUUGUCAGGUCAGUGCCCAGCAACCCAUACAGGCAGAGCUAAUGCUGAGAUUCCAGCAGUUACAAUCCCGGCUGACUACUCUCAAAAUCGAGAAUGAGGAGGUUAAAAAAACCACUGAAGCCACACUUCAGACAAUACAAGAUAUGGUGACCAUUGAGGACUACGACGUGUCUGAGUGUUUCCAGCACAGCCGCUCCACUGAGUCUGUGAAAUCGACCGUGUCCGACACGUACCUCAGCAAGCCCAGCAUCGCCAAGAGAAGGGCGAACCAGCAAGAGACGGAACAGUUCUAUUUCAUGAAAUUUAAAGAAUUUCUGGAGGGAAGCAAUCUCAUCACGAAGCUGCAGGCAAAGCACGACUUACUGAAAAGGACACUCGGAGAAGGUUACAGAGCAGAGUACAUGACAACCAGGCCUCCAAAUGUUCCCCCCAAACCCCAGAAACAGAGGAAGCCUAGGCCCCGCUCCCUGUUUAAUGCUAAGUUGUUUAAUGGGAACUUGGAAUCCUUUGUCAAGGAUUCGGGACAGGUUAUUCCUCGGGUGGUUGAAAGCUGUAUCCGAUUUAUCAACCUUUAUGGUCUGCAGCACCAAGGGAUUUUCCGAGUGUCAGGAUCACAAGUGGAAGUCAAUGAUAUUAAAAAUUCAUUUGAGAGAGGUAAUGAUCCAUUGACAGAUGAUGAAAAUAACCAUGAUAUUAACUCAGUGGCUGGAGUCCUGAAGCUCUAUUUCAGAUGUCUGGAAAACCCACUCUUUCCCAAGGAAAGAUUUCAUGAUCUAAUUUCCUGUAUCAGAAUAGAAAAUCUCUAUGAGAGGGCUCUCUACAUCCGCAAACUUCUUAUUACACUGCCGAGGUCUGUCCUCAUAGUGAUGAGAUACCUGUUUUCCUUCCUUAAUCACUUGUCGCAGUACAGUGAUGAAAACAUGAUGGACCCCUAUAAUUUGGCAAUUUGUUUUGGUCCCACUUUGAUGCCCGUGCCAGACAUUCAGGAUCAGGUCUCUUGCCAGGCUCAUGUGAAUGAAAUUGUCAAAACCAUCAUCAUUCACCAUGAGACAAUUUACCCCGAUUCCAAGGAGCUGGACGGCCCUCUGUAUGAGAAGUGUAUGGCUGGGGACGACUACUGCGAUAGUCCCUACAGCGAACACGGCACCUUAGAGGAAGUUGAUCAGGAUGCCAGUACAGAGCCCCACACCAGUGAAGAUGAAUGUGAGCCCAUUGAAGCCAUAGCCAAGUUCGAUUACAUUGGCAGGUCUGCUCGAGAGCUGUCCUUCAAAAAGGGAGCCUCCCUGCUCCUCUAUCACCGUGCUUCUGAUGACUGGUGGGAAGGCAGGCAUAAUGGGAUUGAUGGAUUGGUGCCACAUCAGUACAUAGUGGUUCAGGAUACCGAUGAUACAUUUUCAGAUACAUUGAGCCUGAAAGCUGACAGUGAAGCCAGCAGUGGACCAUUGAGCGAAGACAAGUGUUUGUCGAAUGAAAUCAGCUCCCCGCCUGACAGGCAUCCUGAGGCCUAUGUUGGCAGACACAGAAAGAGGACAGAGCCUCCCCCACCACGCCGCUCCACGGGCCGCUCCACGGGCCGCUCCAGCGAGGGUCACUGCAUGAUGCACCCGCCUCACCCCAUGCUGAACACCUCUUUGGAGAUGGGCUCCCCCAGCAUGGGUAACCAUGGCAGCCACGGCAGCCAUCACAGCCAGCGCUCCCUGCUGCACAACCGCAACCUGCCUGCCGACAGCCCUGAGAGGAGGCGCCGCGCCGGACCUGGCAGCCUCACCAACAUCAGCCGCCACGACUCCCUCAAGAAGAUGGAGAGCCCUCCCAUCCGCAGGUCCACCUCUUCAGGGCAGUACCCCGGAUUCAGUGAGCAGCACAAACCCCUAGACCCAGAGAGCAUUGCUCAGGAUAUCGAGGAGACGAUGAACACAGCCCUGAAUGAGUUGCGGGAGCUGGAACGCCAGAGCACAGCCAAACACGCCCCUGAUGUAGUGCUGGACACCCUGGAGCAGAUGAAGAACGCGCCCACCCCGGCCACCUCCACCGAGUCCCUGAGCCCACUCCACAACAUCAUGCUGAAGACCAGUGAGCCGCCAAUGCGCCGCAGCACCAGCUCCUCCAGCGACACCAUGAGCACCUUCAAACCCAUGGUGGCCCCGCGCAUGGGAGUCCAGCUGAAACCCCCAGCCUUGAGACCAAAACCAAUGGUUCUUCCCAAGACUAACCCCAGCCAUGGACCUCCUGCCGCUGGUCAAGGUCCUACAGACAAGUCAUGCACAAUGUGAAUGUGAAUGUUACACCUGCACAAUAAAAUGCAGGGACGAUUAAAUACAACUAACUAAAAAAUGAAAUAAAUGAAUAAAAAGGAUCCACAGCGUGGUCAAAACUAAAGGGAUAUUAAGAUAAAUAUUGGUAGUUAUGUGUUUGUAAGCUGGCUGUGUAUUCUUUGAGUGUUAGAAACUAAAUGUCUCCAAUUAGCUGCAUUUAAUAACAAAGGGCAUUUUACAUGCCUCUGUAAAAACUGGAUUAUCAUACAGUAUUUGAAGACAAUAACAAACACCACAGAGACUUACUUGAAAUAAAAAUAAAUUAAAAAAAAAAAAACGUAUGCUGCACCGCUAGAUUUUAAAGGAAAAAAAAAGUCAAACAAAAGCAACACAAAUCACAAAGGCUUCCCAUAUUGUAAAAUCAUUUUAAACCAUUAGUUUACAUAAAGGGACUCUGUGCAAAAAUCAAACAUUCAAAAGCUUGCAUUUCAAAUCCGUGUUAGUUUACAACUUCCUGUGAGGGACUAUGGAAGUCUCAGUUGAUUUUUGAAGGCGGACAUUCUCUUUCUCUGUUCAGCACGGUUGUUUUCGUGUUACAUUCUUCAGGCCUUACUGCCAGGUAGAAACUGUAGCUCCAUCCUUACUGAUAACCACUGCUUAAAGCUGCUGUAUUCAUGUCAGGUGUUUACAUAGGCCAAGAAACAAAGGUGCGACCAUCGGGAGAGGAAGCGCUCACUUAAAACUCUCCCUUUUAUUUCAGCAGCAAACAGACCCACUGGUUUGGGUCCUACUGCCAAUAGAAAAAGCCUUUUCAAUUAAGUGGUACUUCUACUUUUUAUUUAGUCAAAGCAAGCCAUACAACAUAGUCUCGGGGGUGGUGACACAACAUUGAGGGUCUCUCAUAAGGGACCCUACCUUUGCUGCAAUUUUUUUUUUUCUUCCCCUAACAAAAGACACAUUCAGCUUCUUGAGGGCACCCCUGGCACAUACUAAAUUUUUUUUUUCUCCUGUAUUUGCCAUGUUCUGAAUUUCUAGAACAUUAUUUGUUUGUCAGUAUAACCCCUGUGUAUAAACCAGCUGCCCUUCCCAUCCCAAGCCCAAAGUAACAUACACACCAUACUGUAUGUUUAAAAGAAGUAAUAUAUUAAACUAGUAGUCAAUGACUGUUGGUUUUAUACCGGGUCAUUUUGUCCAGAGCCAUUUCAGGGGCAGCAAUUCAAGUGCUAGGCACUGUUCUGUCUAAAUCUUAACCUCCCUUAAACCUGCUCUGUGCCUAUGACUGUACAAAUCUACUUUGCAUUUGGUUGUCUUGUUUGUGUUAAUUAAAUGCCUGUUAACUCAACUGAAUGAUAAUACUUUUCUCUAGCAGGCGGAAAACUACACAGAGCUGUUUGUUUUUAGUUAGUGUUUUUUUUUUUUUUUACAGUAAAUCCCGGUGGAUAUUAAAGUGAUAAAACCUCUUUAAUCAUUUAUACGUGCCACUUUCCACUCAAGUACAGCCUCAAAAAUAAAAAAAAGAUUGAAAGUAAAAAACACGUGCCAGGAAAAUCUGGCCCACACUCUUUCUGAAGGUGACGUAAUAAGCCUAUGUCACUUAAUCAAAACAGAUACCACACCUUUAAAAUUGCACAAUUUUGUGUGUAUUUAAAUAGUGAUAAAUACAGUACUGGACUGCAUAAUGCUUAUAUAAAAUGCUGUUUACAGAUUAUAAUAAUCAUUAGUAAUUAUAUGUUUUAGUGGAUGGCCAUUAGAUGCAUUUGUGUAAGUAAAUAGUAGUUUGAUGGUUCUAUGUAUAUUUUUAAAAAGUACAGUGAAAAAAAGUGGACACGUAACAGGGAAGACUGAUACAACUGCAGACGUACUAAGUGGUACCACCCGCGCACCCCUAAUUCAAUCUGUCCUCACUGUAAUUUGGCUAAACCUCAGUACUGGUAGUUUCCUGCGUUUUGACUGUUACCUUAUUGUGUCAAUGUACAUCUGUAGUAUGUACAUGUGAAAGUGCCUUUAAAAUUUUAGAGGAACUUCAGACUCUGUUCUGUACUGUUGCGUUUCCAUUUCAAUCCAUACAUUAAUGAACAAGUAGAAAAUAAAUAUAUACAUAAAUAAAUAAAACAAAGUGUAAUACUGUACAGUUCUGGAAAAUGUACUGUUCAUCCAUGUGACACUGCACUUUUAUGUAUAGUACUGUACAUUUUGGCAUGUAGCAUUAAAAAAAAAAAGUUUCAGUACACUUUGAGGUUUGUUCCUCAUAGUGUAUCUUUCUAAUAAAGGAAAUAGUUCUGUCA